AUGAAUCUGAAGCCAGUCAAACAACAUGAGGAUACUGAACAGAUGACCAAUGAAAAGUGUAAAGCGAAUGAAACAUGUGAAGAAAUAACUAACGAAGAACACGCGUCACAUGAUAAAACAAUAAAGAUUAGACCUGCAAAAUGUUAUGGACAUAACGAACCAAAAUCGAACUUAGAAAAUAACGUAUGCGAAGCAGAAAAGAAGCUGGAAGAACAUAUAUUGCCUGGAAAACCAGAAAUAAGCAAAGUACAAUAUGAGCAAGUAAUAAAUGAUGCACCUACAAAACUACAAAUACCGAGCGACCCAGAAAUAAGUCAAGUACCUCGUGAAGAAAUGUGUGAUCGUCAUACGCAAGAUGGAAGCAAAAUGCAAGAAAAUCGAGAUGCAAACAAAAAAGCAGAUGAACUCUUAACAAGUGAAUAUGUUCUAGAUAAAACAAUUGGGAAUAAAAUAAGUAAAAACCAAAAAACAUGCCAAGUCGUUGAUGAAACAGCACCAACUGAAGCAAACACUGAGCCAGAAACCUUGGAAGAUCAAGAUUCCGCAAAUGAAGUAUUAAAUACAGAAAGAGCUAUCAAAAUACUAGAUAAAACAACACUAAGCACAACAAACGAGGCGCAAGAAUCGACACAAGUACAACAUGCCAAAGUUCAAAACAGGCAAAUAAAAAGCAAAGUAUGUGAUAAACAAGAAACAAACAAACUAUAUGAAGAGCAAACAACACUCAAUAGAGAAGACGAAGAAGAAGAAACACGCCAAGUAAGCGGUGAACAAACUACAACUGAAUCACACAGCAAGCAAGGAACAGAUCAGGAGGAAAAACAAAAUGAUGACCGUGAAGAUCCAGGUGCAGAUAACUUUGAUAAUUCAAACAGGAUCUGUGGGAGUGUAGAUGUUGCAUCAGAAACUAUUAGCACCGCGGCUAUACCCAACCAAACAACCAAAAACUCUAGAAAUAAAAGGAAAUCAAGUACCAAUAGUGAUACAAGAUGCAAUGAGGAUGAAGAAAGAUGUGACAGUGACGAAAGUUCAUCUUACGGUGGUCAUUCGUAUAAACCGAGUGAAUCAAGCGACGACGAAGACGAUGAUAAAAGAGAUGGUGAAGGCACAUCUACUGAUAACAAUGCUUACACUACAAGCAAACGUCAAAGUUACGCUUUCAUAUGUGAGUUAUGUAAUCAAAUAUUAUAUUCUGAUUAUGCUAGACGAAAACAUAGGAUUCGUCAACAUCCAAAUAUGCAAGGUAGGCCAAUAUUCAAAAAAAUUAAAAAGUUUGCACCGAAGGGCAAGGCAUCGAAGUCAAAUAACGAAAGCAAAAGUGACACUGAUAGAGUCACUAACGUUGGAAAGGUCAAUAGCACAAGGGGCGGUAAAGUUAUUAAACGUUGCAAUGCUAAUAAAUGUAAUAAUAGUGAAAAUGCCAGCGAUAGUGACUGGAGUACGGUUAGUAAUUCUGAUUGUGUUGAUGAAAGCUCUACUAGAGAACGAAAAGCCCACAAAAAUAAAAAAUGUACAGAGAAUACAGAAACAGUUAGUGAAAAUGAAAUUAUAAAAGCAGCAUCUGAUUACUUAGUAAGAAUGAGAAAAAAACGCACCACAAAGCUCUUUGAUGCUGAACGUCAAGGCUCGCGUGCAGUUGCUAUUAAAGAAAACGCUGAAAGUGAAGAAUAUGAUAGUGAUUGGAACUAUUCAAUAAUUACUAGUAGUAGUACUGAUGAAAGUGCAGAUAGUAGUCUAAAUACAAGCUUCGUCGUUGAAACUGAUGAUGAAAUGGAGGAAGAUUAUGAUAGUCAGAAAACGGAUGUCGGGGAAAGUAAUGAUGACAGUAAUUUAACCACUGACGAAGAAGACCUAUCAGUUAGUAACAAUAAAACCCUAAACACAUCCAUGCGCACAAGUAAGAAAAGGAAACAACGUUUAUUAAAGUAUGUUAAUCAUUCAGCUGAUACCGAUGAAACAGAUGGCGAUCAGCAAGUAGCAAGCGAAGGAAGUGACAACGAACUAUUAACAGAUAACGAUAAUCAGUGUGAUAAUAAUGAAAUUGUUUCAAGAAACUUCGGAGAAGAAAGGUUUAGUGACGAUGAAAUUAUAAAAGUGUCUGAGAAUACCCGUAAAAAGAGGAAAGAACGCAUGUCGACUCUAUUUGACGAUGAUAUUGAAAUUUUAGCACAAAAUAACGACGGCAAUGAACAAGAACCAAAUAAUGAAACAAACAAUUUAACUAAUCAUAUUAUUCCUGUCGUCGAUAAAAGUGGCAGUGAAGAAGUUAAAAUUAAUAAAAGUUAUGAGGAAAGACCUGAUUUGAGAAUAGGUGAAAAUGAUGAUGAAAACUUUAUAAACGUACGAGACGACCAAGCACAAAGUAAAAAACUAUACUGUAAUACAAAUGAUAGGGAUUGUGAUAUGGAACCAGCGAUUGAAUCUAUCAAUACUACAGUGGUUAGCACACAGAAUAACACUAGUGAAUCAAGCCACGUGAAACUCCGCGACGAUGAUCGCCACGAGAUAGACCUGAUUGACUGUCUUCUUAAGGAGUACACUACUGCUGAUCAACGAAAUGAUUCAUGUGCCAAUAAAGAAAAGGACGGUGAAGAUGACAAAGAACCUGAAAUGCAUAACGAUCAAAUAGGAGACAACAUUGACAAUCAACCUUUACUUCCCCCUGAAAUAAACAAUUGCUUAGAAAAUAUACAAAUCACUAAUGAAGAUUCAGAGAUCUUAAGUUCAUUAGAUAAUGCAGUUCAACAAAUGUCGAUUGAUACAGAUUCAAAUGUCAAUAGAGAGGUGACAAAAGAUGAAUUAUUAUCACAAAAUACCAAUGACAAUAUAGAUACUAUAGAAGAAAAUCUGAAUACAAAAAGCAUAGCAGAUAAUUCGGCACAAAUAAUGUCUACUGCUGACGAUGUCAAUUUAAAAAAAGACUUCAAUAAGAGAGAUAGUGAAACAAACCUGGAUAUUUCUAAAGGGCAUUUAAUAAACAAAAGUACGGUAGAUAAUACAACACAAAUAGGAUCUAAUGUUGAAGAUUUAAAUAUUAAACAAGAUAUGCUAAAAAAUGAAGUAUCUUCACAAAAUACUAUUGAAGAGGAUAUACAAGAAUACACAAAAGCUUUUGAAGAACAUUUGGAGACUGCAGGUUCGGAACAAUUAUUGGCUAUUGAUGAAGACUUAAAUAUUAAGAAAGAAAUGUUAAAAGACGAAUCAUUUUCACAGAAUACUAAUAAAGUUAAAGAUAAUCAAAACAGUCUACAUAUUGAAGAAAUAGAGAACAUUAAAGAAAAUCCAACACAAACGAUGUCUUCUAAUGAAGACUUAAAUGUUCCAAGUCAAUCGUUAAGACCACAAGUAAAUAAUGAAGAGGAAAAUUUGAAAAACGACAAUGUUGUUAAAGAUAAUUUAGCAAUCGAAAGAGAAAUAUCUAAAGUUGUGGAGCCUGAAGAUGAUAUUGUUAUAGAAGUGAUAGAAGUCUCGGAUGAUGAUGAUGAUGUCGAAUUUGUUGGAGAAGAUGUAAAUGAUCAAAGAUUCAUUCGACGCCGUCCGUAA